AUGGCGGCCACCACCAUGAUCCUCCUCCUCCUCUACUGUUGCUUCUGCAACGUCUUCUUCCUCCCCUCGUCGGCUGCUUCCUCCGACGACUUCCUCCAGUGCCUCACCCGGAGUAUACCGGCGGAGCAGGUGUACACGCAGAGCUCGAGCGCCUUCAUGUCGGUGCUGACCUCGUCCGUGCAGAACCCCGAGUUCGUGACGAACGCCACGGUGCGGCCGCUCUGCAUCAUCGCGGCCUCCGGCGUGUCCCACGUCCAGGCCGCCGUGCGGUGCGGCCGCCGGAACGGCGUCCGCCUCCGCGUGCGCAGCGGCGGGCACGACUACGAGGGGCUGUCGUACCGGUCGGUGCGCGCCGAGGUGUUCGCCGUGCUCGACCUCGCCAGGAUGCGCGCCGUGCGCGUCCGCGCCGGCGACGCCACGGCGUGGGUGGACUCCGGCGCCACGCUCGGGGAGCUCUACUACGCCAUCGGGACGGUCAACCCCGGGUUCGCGUUCCCCGGCGGCGCGUGCUCGACGGUCGGCGUCGGGGGUUACCUCAGCGGCGGCGGCAUCGGGUUGAUGAUGCGCAAGUUCGGGAUCGGGGCGGACAACGUGCUCGACGCCAUGAUCGUCAACGCGGACGGCGAGCUCCUCGACAGGGGCCGCAUGGGGGAGGAUCUCUUCUGGGCGAUCCGCGGCGGCGGAGGCGAGAGCUUCGGCGUGGUGGUGUCGUGGCGGCUGAAGCUCUCGAUGGUCCCGUCCACGGUGACGGUGUUCAACAUCGCCAAGACCACCGACAACGGCGCCGCCGCCGCCGCGCUCGCCAAGUGGGAGACGCUGGUGCUGGAGCCGUUCCUCCCGGAGCUCACCAUCCGCGUCGUCCUGCAGGGCCGGACGGCGCUGUUCCAGAGCCUCUACCUCGGCGGCUGCUCCCGCCUCGCCGCCACCAUGCGCGCCUACUUCCCAGAGCUCGGCAUGACGGCCGCCGACUGCCACGAGCUCACCUGGCUCCGCGCCAUGGCGUUCAUCAGCCUCGGCAGCGCCGACGCGGCGCCGGAGGGGAUGCUGAGGCGUACCAACAACCUCGGCACCUACGUCAAGAGCAAGUCCGACUACGUCCGCCGCCCCAUGGGCGCCGCCGCGUGGGACGCCCUCUUCAGCCGAUGGCUCGCCGGCAACGGCAACGGCAUCCUCAUCCUGGAGCCCCACGGCGGCGUGGUGGGCUCCGUGGUGCCGGACUUCGUCACCCCGUACCCGCACCGCGCCGGCGUGCUGUACAACAUCCAGUACGGGGUGUUCUGGUGGGGGGACGCGGACGGCGCGGCGGCGAGGCGGUGGCUGGAGGCGCUGUACGCGGCGAUGGAGGCGGCGGUGAGCAGCAACCCGAGGGAGGCGUUCGCCAACUACAGGGACCUGGACAUCGGCGAGAACGUGGUGGGCGGCGACGGCGUGACGACGUACGAGAGCGCGAGGGCGUGGGGGGAGAGGUACUUCAUGGGGAACUUCCGGCGGCUGGCGGCGGUGAAGGGGAAGGUGGAUCCCGGCGACUACUUCCGGAACGAGCAGAGCAUCCCGCCGCUUCUCCUGCCCUAUUAG